AUGGCAUGUACAACACCUACCUUUGAAAAUUUAACAGUUCCAUCGAAUUUUAGUUUAAAUCGUUUUCUUGGCCUAUGGUACGAAGUAAAAUGGUUACCAGGUGAACCACAUAAUGAAUCUGAUAUAUGGCGAGAUUUUUCUCAAGAAUUUCAAUUAGAAAAUAAUGUUAGUCAACGUCUUAUCGUAGCCGGUAAAGCACGAUUACCGAACCAAGCACAAUGUUUUUCAGUUGGUCCUUGGUCAAUUCUGGCAAAUAAUAGUGCAAAAAUGAUUCUUGAAACGAAAACAAUCAAUAGUAACACAACUCUGAAUUGGCCUUAUUAUAUUGUAAAAAUUGAUUAUGAUCAUUAUGCAUUAGUCUAUGGAUGUAUGUCACAGAAUUAUACGAAUAAUGAUGCAUGCGAAGAACCUAUAUUAUGGUUAUUUAGUCGUACGAGAUCUUUAUCAACUGACUAUCCAAAUCCACUUGAUAGUUAUAUUGAAAAUACAUUAUGUAUUAAUUUAACAAAACUUAAAAUCACUCCACAGAGCGAAACUUCAUGUUAUUCAUCAUCAAGUCUAAAAAACUAUUCAACGAAUAAAAUAAUUAUUUUUAAUUUACUUAUUUUAUAUUUAUCUCUAAUAUACAAAUAA